UCGUCAAAGUCCUGCAUCGGGAGUUCGUGUGGCGUGUCGCGUACUAAAGCUAGUGUCAAAGAGCAUGCAAAGUGAAAAACAUGGCGCCCGAAGGUAGACAGAAGACACUACCUUGAAAUCAAGCGGAGUAGACCAAAGAAGAUGAUAAUCGCGUAAUUCUUCGCAAUCAAUCCAUCAGUAUUACCUAUUUAUGCUUCCCAAGCGAGUAUGUAACUCGAGUCUCUAUAUUCUAUACGCCAGAAAGCAAGAAUCUACUCAUUACUAUUAUAUCGUGCUGAAGUAGUGUCCCCAAGUGUUCGUCCCUUACUUUACUAAAAUUGUAUAUAUUGAAAUUAUGUGUAAACAAGAAGGCAGAAAAUCUACUAAUUAACGUGUUGCGAAAACGUGUAUAAUGUGUGCGAAAGGAAAAGCCAGAAGCUAAGUUCAGAAUUGUACCAGCACCUGUGCGAAUAGUGCGAUACAUGUAGAUAUCAGCAGUGGCAAACAAAAGAGGAAAAAUCGAUUCGCAUGGUGUGAAGAAAGCAAACGAAUAUAGCAAUAUGUAAAAAGAUGCAGCAAGUGCAAGCUACCCCGAGAAGGAAAGGAAUAUUCAACACCCCCUGAGUUGUUGUUACUGUCCUGGGAGGUUAAACGAUCAUCUGGUAUAAUCCCAAGUGAUAGCUAAACGACAAUGAAUGCCGACCGGAGCAAACGACAGUAUCGAUCUGGAAAUACUCUGUUCAGCGAUGAUGAGCUGGAAUUGUCAUCGUCUCAGGUGCUGGAGAAGGUCAAAUCCGACCGUAUUGCGUCGACCAAACCGGACGAGGAUCGACGCCGGCGAACGAUCAUUGUCGAGAAGAAGAACGGUUCCUAUGGGUUCACGUUGCAGAGCUACGGAAUCCACUACAAGAAGGAGCAGGAGGUCGAAAUGAUCACCUACGUGGACUACGUCGAGUACGAUGGGCCGGCCUAUCGAGCGGGUAUGCGCGAGGGUGACGUCAUCCUAUCGAUCAAUGGAUACGACAUGGAGAAGGCCGAACACAAGACCCUGGUCAAUUUCAUCAAAAACUGUGAUAACCGAAUGAGAAUGGUGGUGCUGUUUGAGGAUUGCUGUCGGAAGGUCGAGCUACAUCUCAAGUACAUUCAACUUCAGGAGCUACUGAAAAGCAAAAUGAACGAUCUCGAGCGGAUAUGUCUGAAGGAGAGGGAACUGUUGGAGGGAAAAUGGAAAACUCACAGCUUACCGGCACGGAAGAAAGCUACCGUUGCCAGCGAUGACAUCGAUCCCGGUUCUACGACGGAUGUGGAAUCGGGCGCCGGUCCAUCGUUCUGCCGUCCGGCCGCAUCGACGGAAGACGUCAAAAAGCUAUUACGCCAAAAGACAUACAUCGUACCACCGCCCGCCCAAUUCAUGCUAGCGUACCAUUGCUUGGACAGCAACUACCGCUACGUAAUCCACCCUUCAUCCUCGACUGGUGCUAGCGGCACUGCCGAGUACUCCUCGGGUGCCGCAUCGUUCAACCCUAGCUGUGCUCAACCUGCGGCCAAAUUGUGUAAAGAUCAUCAACAUAUAAUCCGUGGUUCUUCCCUUGACAAUAGCAACUUAGGCAGCGGCCAGAAACCGAAGCCUACAUCGCCAACGAAGAGUCUUCACAACUACGACACCAAAUCAACGAAAUCCUCAUCGCGACGGCAUCUACACGGGCACUCGUGCAACCCGUGCAUGGGUCACUUCCUGCGCAGUGGCGGUGACAAAGGCAACAAAGCCGACAAGGACAACACCAGCCUCGAUGCGUACGAUCUCGCCAGUCCUUGCUGUGAUCCACAAUGUGUUCCUACGCGGCGCAAGUCCAAACACCACAAAGACCAUCAUCACAAGCACAAACAUCGGGAUAAGGAAGCAAAAGAGGGCGGCAGCAAAGAGCGCAUUCCCCGUCCCAAGUCACAGCCACACAUUUCACCACAGUCGCAGCCUAGCUAUCUGUAUCGCCAUAGUAAAGACAAGCACGAGCAUCACCAUGCCAAAGUUUACGACCUAAACGCUAGCUUAACCAGUCAUUGUAGCCUUCAUUCAUGCACAUCCAGCGAGUUCAAUCCGGCUGCGGAGAAUUCACCAGCAUCCUAUAGCACUUCCAUCAGUACCGAUACACUGUAUUGGGAACCGCACAGCGAGUCAACGUCCGCUUCGGCUAGCUCGACCCAUAAGAAGCCCCCGGCAACGAGCUCUGCUGGUCCGAGCCGGCCGCACACCCAUCAGCACCACUACUACGUGCAGAAGUACGUCAAUCCUCAUACCGGUCAAAUCCAGCCUAUUGCCAUGUACGCUGGACCGCCGGUUCACAAGCCCAAAUCAUGGGACAACCUCGCAAUGAAGGGCUAUGGUGGUUAUGGGUACGGUUACGGUUACCUAGAGAUGAACAAAGCGAACAUUCCUGCUCAGACUCGUACGCAAACUACCAUUACCAUUCAGCAUAGGAAUUCCAUUCCGAAGAAGAACGGUUACGAACGGUACUCAGCUUUUGUAGAUGUAGAAAAUUAUGCACCACCACCGACACAGUUCCUACAGGAAACGACAACUACGACGACUACCAUCACGACCAAAUCGACCGAGAACCUCCUCGCACCGUACAACAUAUCGGACCCGAGCUUGUCGUGCAUCGAAGGUCCCUCGACUGCAAGUGGAACCGGCGGUGGAAGUGCAUCUAGCACAAUGGAAAUUAUGCACGACAAAUCCGGCUACUACUCCAGUCUGGGCGGUGGAAGCACUGCAGGCUCCGGAAGUAAGAAGCAAAUGGCCAACCUUACCGAAAUUGCUCGACUGUAGAUUGCUUGCAUUAGACUAACUCCGAAUUUGGACAUUCUCAUCGGUUAUUAUUGUAAAUCUACAUAGAUGUCCGUAAGCAGAGGCAUUAUUUUCCGUGAACCAGUUGGGUUGACCUGUAGACCAGCUUUGUUCUGAAAAAAAAACUACCAACACCUAAGAAAAUUAACGCAAAACGUUUAACGUUAUAAACAGCCACUUUAGUAAGUAACGAAAUUUUUCGGUUGAUAUUCCGUCUAUAGACAUAUUGGACCCCAUAUAGGAUAUUUAGUGUGCUAAUUAUAUUGUCGCAAUACAAAACCAACAACAACAACAACAAUGAAAAGGUAUUCAAAGUUUUCAAAAUUGCAAAUACGCAAAGCCAAAAACGAAACCAUCAAGUUUUUACAUUUUGGUAAUAAGUAGGGCGUUAAUUAAAAAAAUAGUUUACUACAUAAGUCAGCAAUCGUAAAACUAAAACUCAAUUUCUUAAUAACAAACAUUGAGUAUAGCCAACUGAUAUCAAAUGUUUAUAAAGAAACGAAACAGCAAAUGACAAAACCGCUACCAAGUCGCAUUGAUCCAGAGUUCUUUUUUUAUACCAAUAUCAAUAACACAACUAUCGCGAAACUCAAAACGAAUAAAAGAAAACUGAAGCAAAAAGCCAUUUAUAACCCAAAUUACAUAUUUAGAACCUAAAUUUACGGAAUGAAAGAUUUCAAGCUGUGGCACUUUGCAGGGGAAGCUUUGACGCAAACAGGAGAGAAACGAGAAAAAAGACCCUACAUAGAUGUAAAAGUUGUCAUAAUAAAAUAAAGCGUAGAAAACUGAAGUGUGUAAAA